CUCUUGGACCUAGCGAUAAGGAAACAGAAGCACACUCUAAAUCUGAUACUCAAGGCUGCCAGCGCCAUCUAAGAACGAUGCAACAUAUGGCCUUGGGUCUCGUUCUAGGUCUCUUUCAUGCUAUGUAUGACAUCCUCCAGAAUUUCACGAGAAAUAUGAUCGAAAUAGCGGCACCCAAUUUAUCGUACCACAGAGACCAGAUAGCAUCCACUGCUUAUCGUCGUUGUCGUCCUAACACUACCAGCAACACCACUCUUAUGUACUCCCUUCCGCAGGAACUCAUCGACGCCAUCAUUGAUGAAAUACAUAACGAUUCAGACGCCAGGAUUGCAUGGCGCACCCUCAAAUCGUGUGGCCUCGUCAGCAGGAUUUUUGUCCGAAGAACUCGAGAGCACUUGUUCCGAGAGAUCACGAUUCGGUCGAUUCACGAGGAUCAAAAAUUCCUUGCACGCUCACAAGUCCACUCGUUUGUUACGUCCCUUACCAUUAAAUUUCAAUCCCGGAUUCGCUAUGGUGGAUAUUGCACGAUAUCCACCCUAACGGAAUUUCCUUUCCUCAUCGGCGUGCUCCCCAACGUCAAUAAAAUCAAGCUCUGUGGGAUGGACUGGAAAUCCCUAUCUCAGAGAUUCAUCGAUUCCCUGGCAUCGCGCUCCUUCGUAUCCAUCACCCUUAUGCAUACGCAUUUUCCUGAUUCCAAUGCUUUCUAUUCAUUCUUAUCCCACUUACCCAACCUUCGUCAGUUCUCCUGCUUCAAGACCACGAUCGAUGACAACGACCGUCCUCCCUUCAGCGCUAAUUUCGAUGCUUCCCAUCGGCCGCGUAUCACUGAACUAUCUCUCCGGAAAAUGAAUCAGAUACCAGCCAUGAUUUUAUCGCCUGCUCUCUCCCCUGUGAAUCUGCAGAGCCUGCGUAUUCUUGACGUCUUUCUAGACGAAAUUGGCCAGUUUGAUCAGGCGCGGCGGUUCAUGGGCUUGACUGCACAAUCCCUCGAAGUGCUUCGCGUCUCACAAUUAAUAACACCGCCACCAGAUCAGUCCCAGCAUCUCCCUAUUGAAUGCUUGAAAUCUAUCAUAAUCGAGAUAAAGGAUUGUCGUCUAGACGUCUUCAACUGGUGGAUUGAACAUUUCGAGAGGUACCCAGCUAUGCAAUGCUCCUGUGUACACCUUUUUGUCUGCGUAACGACAAAUCAGGUUAAAAAAUUAGCGGACUACACUGGUUGGAAGAGAUUGGAUAUCGCUCUAUCUCGGACUUCCAUCCGCUCGCUUGUUGUCACUCUGCUCGUGACAAGCGCUAAGACACGAGCCUCGAAGCAUUCCCCAAUGAAAUCCGUCAUCAGAGAAAAUCUCCCUAUUUUGAUGAGUCACCAGAUUGCGCGUGUUCAGGUUGGUUUGUACAAGAAUGAAGUUGUAGGCGGAAAUUUCCACAUAUUCUAA